AUGGAAUCAGAAAAGAGUGUUAUGAUAGAUUGGUCUUCACAAAAUGGAUCAUAUAGGGGAGUAUUGGUGAUAGCUUGCGCUAUUUUAUCGUGGAUUCUAAUCCACAGAUGGAGCCAGAGGAACAAGAAAGGCCCCAAAACAUGGCCACUAGUGGGAGCAGCCAUUGAACAGCUCACAAACUAUGACAGAAUGCACGAUUGGAUUGUUCCAUACCUCUCCGAGUCGAAGUCUGUCGUUGUUCCAAUGCCUUUCACAACUUACACUUACAUUGCAGAUCCUGCUAAUGUAGAACAUGUCCUUAAGACCAACUUUGCUAAUUAUCCGAAGGGUGAGACUUAUCAUUCGUACAUGGAAGUCCUACUCGGGGACGGGAUUUUUAACGUGGACGGCGAGCUAUGGAGGAAACAAAGAAAGACUGCAAGUUUUGAGUUUGCAUCCAAGAAUUUGAGGGAUUUCAGCACCAUAGUCUUUAGAGAGUAUAGCCAGAAGCUCCAUGCUAUUCUAAGUCAAGCAUCUUUCCACGGCCAAGUAGUUGAUAUGCAGGAACUGCUGAUGAGGAUGACUUUGGACUCUAUAUGUAAAGUGGGAUUUGGUGUGGAAAUUGGAACUUUGGCUCCCGAGCUACCAGACAACCGCUUUUCUCAGGCUUUUGACGCCGCAAACAUCAUUGUUACGCUCCGAUUCAUCGAUCCACUCUGGAGAAUAAAGAGAUUUCUCAAUGUGGGUUCAGAAGCUUUGCUUGAAAAAAGCAUUAAGACAAUUGAUGAUUUUACCUACUCAGUUAUUCACAGAAGGAAAGCGGAGAUCAAAGAAGCUCGCGGGAGUUCUAGAGACAACAAGAUGAAGCAUGACAUACUGUCGAGAUUCAUCGAGUUAGGUGAAGACCCAGAAAGCAAUUUAACCGACAAGAGUCUGAGAGACGUCGUCUUAAACUUUGUGAUUGCCGGUCGGGAUACAACAGCAACAACUCUUUCAUGGGCCAUAUACAUGAUAAUGACACACUCCCAUGUAGCUGAGAAGCUCUACUCGGAGCUCAAAUCUCUUGAAGAAGAUCAAGCAAGAGAAGAGAACGUGUCGUUACGCGAGUAUAACGCAGAGGACCCUGUCUCAUUCAAUGAAAGGGCAAGACAAUUUGCAGGACUCCUGAAUUACGAUUCAUUGGGAAGGUUAUACUAUUUGCAUGCCGUUAUCACAGAGACACUUCGUUUGUACCCUGCAGUUCCUCAGGAUCCCAAGGGAAUUUUGGAGGACGAUGUAUUACCAGAUGGAACAAAAGUUAAAGCAGGAGGUAUGGUGACUUAUGUGCCCUACUCAAUGGGUAGGAUGGAGUACAACUGGGGCCCAGAUGCAGCUUCAUUCAAGCCUGAGAGAUGGCUCAAAGAUGGUUUCUUCCAAAAUGCAUCCCCAUUUAAGUUCACAGCAUUUCAGGCUGGACCAAGGAUAUGCCUAGGGAAGGACUCUGCAUACCUCCAAAUGAAGAUGACGUUAGCCAUUUUAUGUCGAUUUUACAAGUUCAUUUUGGUGCCUGGUCAUCGAGUUGAUUACCGUAUGAUGACUAUUCUGUCUAUGGCUCAUGGUUUGAAGGUUACUGUAGCUAGACGUCUGUAG